CAAUGCUUCGCCGCCAUCAGCCCGUCUCCAUCAACGUUCAUCUCACCGCCUUCCGUUGUGGAAAGCAGGAGGCUCAUCAACGAUCUGCAACCAAGACGGCAGCAAGGACCAAGAAGGAGGUGUCCUUGGUCCUUGACGAUGACGUCAGUUGAUGGCUCGUGUGUGCCGAGUGAAAAGGUUGUGGCGGCACUGUCGAGGCGUGAGGUUGUGGCGGCGGCUUCUGCAGCUCUGGUGCUGCCACUGGUGGGUGGGGGUGGCCCUGCCUGGGGCGAUAGCAGCGGUCUUGGCAACACGACCGAGGCAAUCGCGACAGUGUUCGUGUGCAGGCGGGCAAUGGAUCCUGUGAAGGUCAGUCAGUCAGUCGGGCAGACAUACCAGACACAUGGGUGAUGCGGUCGAUAAGAUGGUUGGCUGGAUUGCAUUUAGGGCUACAUAGCCGAGGGUCAGUGGGACCGGGCGCGUUCGAAUGUCAACUACUGCACGAGGGUCCUGCGGCUCAACUCUGUGCUCAAGAAGGUGUCCAACGACAUCGAUGAGGUCGAGGGGCUGGAGAUCGCUGGCGACCUCCUGUGAGGAGCCAACCCAGACACACACGCACACACACGUCACAUGUGACUCUCCGCUUGUGUCUGUAUUUGGUAUGUGUGCAGGAACACCAUGUCUGACCUGGACAGCUCCAUCUACACGCCGGUCGGUGACACACACAAAAACCGAUAGACAACCCAGCCUCUCUGGCUUAUCUCUCUGUGUUGAGCAGAUCUUCGCCUUCGACACUGCGAGCGGCACACAAAGGUCAUUUGCCAAGUAUCAGGUACACUUAAGAAAUGGUGGGUUGUGAUUGAUUGGUGCAUGUGUGUGUGUGUGUGUGUGCGUUGUUCUGCUGCCGCAUCCAUGGCCGUUGGCCUGUUACAGAAGGAGUGCUACAGGUACUACGACGAGUCCGUGGCGCUCCUCGACCGCUUCAUACAGCUGCUGCCGUCAGAGCUCUUAGCUGAGAGCUCCCAGCUGGCAGACGCACGCCCCCUCCCCAAGUUCCUCGGGAUUCCACAGAGUGCAGCGGCGGCAGGGGGCAAGAGGGGAGGCAAGUGACUGACUGAUGAG